CUGAAACAACCGAUGAAGAAAUUUGUGCCAAGUUAUCUUUCUUGGACAGAAAUAACAAUCCUAUCCCUAUUCCCGAAGGAAUUUUUUGUAAAGAUAUUACAGAUCCAAAACAUAGCAAACCAAAAAAUCCUAUGACCGGUUGUGAGUUUUUUUUAAUCACUCAUCCAAAUAAAUACAUGACAUCCGAACGUCAACGUAUUAGUGAAGAAUUAGUUAUGGAAUUUGCUCAAUAUUUAAAUGAAAAUGAUUCAGAUUAUAAUGAAUCAGACUAUCAUUCAGAUUUUGAAAUUAAAGAUGAAUAA